AUGGGAACAAUUUCUUGCAAAAAAGAAUCACUAAGCAAUAAAGAAUUGGAAUUCGAAAGUGUUUGUGCAGUAUUUACAGCUAUUUUCAUGGAUUAUCUUGUAUUUUGCAACUUCUCUGAGUUAUAUUAUAGUCAACAAGAAGAAAGUAAAUGCUAUAACAACUCAUCUAAUAUGCAAUUAAUGAAACAAACAAUUUCUUGUGAUCAAAUUUGUCAUAAAAUUUCAUCUUUGGAUAUUGCUUCCUAUAUUACAUCCACUGCUCUUUGUGUAUUAUUAUUAGCUUGGCCAUUACAGGAGACAUCAGAGCGUGUAAGGAUGCUUAAAAUACGUUUAGCAAAUGAUCUUAGCAAAUUGGACGAAAAAUCACUGAUAAAAAUAAUGAUAAUUCGACAACAAAUUCAACAGAUAUCAAACGCAUGUAAAAUGAAAUGAUGAAAUAUUAAAUCAGUUGG